AUUCCGCGUCUCUCCCCCACGACGCACCAUGAGACCACCUCCUCCCGUCCCAAGAAAACCCUGCCGGCCCUUGUCCUGCUCCAGCGCCUUGUCCAGCUCCAGCUCCGCCGCACCGGGGCCACACCACCCCACUCAGCCGCCUGGCGCCGCUGCCUCCGCCGACGACGACAUCCCCCUCCUCCGCCGCAACCUCGCCCUCCUCCUCUCCCGCCCCUUCCUCGACGCCACCCUCUGCCGGGAGACCCUCGCCCGCCUCUCCCCUUGCCGCCUUGACAGCCUCCUCCUCGAUCUCCGUCCGGCGAUCAAGCCCCGCCCCGCCCUCCGCUUCUUCUCCUUCGCCUCCGACCGCUGCGGCUUCCGCUUCACUUCCCGAUCCUACUCCCUCCUCGUCCACGCGCUCCUUCGCUCCAACCUCGUCGCCGCCGCCCGCCUCCUCCUCAUCCGCCUCAUCGGCAGCGGCGCCGGCAGCAACCUACCCCUUCUCCUCGACGACCCCAGCCACCGGUUCGCCGAGGUCGUUCGCGCCGUCGCCGACACCAUUUCAGCGGAUGAGCCAUCCUCUGGUGCGCUUGAUACCCUGGUCCACGUUUGCUGCACCCAGUUCCGAUCCGACGUCCCGAAGCUCGCCGUCGUGGCAUUCAAGAUCCUUGUCGAGCGAGGGCUUUGCCCGUCUCUCAAGACCUGCAAUUUCCUUCUGGCCUCGUUAGCUAGGAGCAGUGAUUGCAAGAAUGCGUGCACGGUGUUUGAGGGAAUGCGACAGUUUGUUUUCCCAGACGCUUACUCGUAUACUCCUCUCAUUGACGUCCUCUGCAAGAACCACGAGGUCGAGAAGGCGAUCAAAUUGUUCUCGGAUAUGGAAAGCUCGGGAGUUUGUCCUACAGUCGUUACUUACAAUGUGCUGAUCGAUGGGCUCUGCAAGAAGAGGAUGUUGGAUGAGGCAUUUAGGUUCAAGGAGAAGAUGAUGAGGAGCUCGGUGAAUCCGAGCGUUAUCACAUUCAAUAUUCUCAUCAAUGGCUUGGUUAAAUCCAAUAGGUUUGGAGAUGUGGAGUGUAUCCUAAAGGAGAUGGAAGAGAUAGGUAUUGCGCCAAAUGAGUUUAUUUAUAAUACUCUUAUUGAUGGGCAUUGUAGGAUGGGGCAUUGUUCAGAGGCUUUGAGGUUAAAAAAUGAGAUGGUUGUGAAAGGAUUGCAGCCAAAUUCAGUUACUUAUAAUGUGCUUGUACAUGGCUUGUGCAUGGCAGGGGACAUGGAGCAGGCUGUGUAUCUCUUAGAUGAGAUGCUAUCAAAUGGAAUGGAAAUAAAUGUUGGGCUAUUUAAUUCAAUUAUUUUCUACCUUGUUACAAAUGAACUGAGAUUGGACUCUGCCGUGAGGUUCUUGAGGGAGAUGUUGUUGAGGAAUUUAAGACCAAAUGAUUCUCUAAUGACGUCGAUGGUUAAGGAGCUAUGUGAGAACGGGAAGCAUCGUGAGGCAAUUGAUAUUUGGUUAAAAAUGCUAGAGAAGGGUUUUGGUGUGAACACCAUGACUUCGAAUGCUUUGAUUCAUGGGCUAUGUGUGUCCGGAAACAUGAAAGAGGCAGUUGGGCUUCUUAGGGCAAUGCUUGAGAGGGGAUUGGCUUUGGAUAGGGUGACAUACAAUACUCUGAUUUCAGGAUGUUGUCAAGAAGGGAAAAUGGAUGAAGGGUUUAAGCUUUGGGAGGACAUGACUAAAAGAGGGUUUAAGCCUGAUAUUAUUACCUAUAAUACAUUAAUACACGGAUUAUGCAAUUUGAGUAGGAUGAAAGAGGCCAUUGGGCUUCUGGAUAAGCUUAAGAAUGAGGGUUUGGUUCCGGAUCUUUUCACAUUUAGUACAAUGGUAGAUGGUUAUUGCAAGGCUAAGGAAGUCCAUAAAGCCAAAGUCUAUUUGGACGAGUUGGUUAGUUGGGGUUUAGAACCAAACAGUGUCAUCUAUAAUUCACUUAUUGGUGGUUACUGUAGGGAUGGUAAAAUUUCAGAGGCUUUAAAUCUUCUUGAUGAAAUGAAAAAUAAAGGAAUCGCACCAACUUCUGUGACUUACUCCACCAUUAUGCAUGGUAUGUGCAAUGUUGGUUGUGUGGAAGAGGCUAAGAACAUGAUUUUGAAAAUGAAAGAGGAUGGUUUGGCAUUGAAUGUUGUAACCUAUACUACACUUAUUGGUGGGUAUUGUAGAAUAGGUCAAAUGGAUGAAGCAUGCAAAGUGCUCGAGGAAAUGAGUGCUAGUGGGUUAGCCCCGAAUAAGGUUACUUACACUGUCCUGAUGCGUGGGUACUGUGAAAUGGCAAACUAUGAUGCAGCAGCUAAACUUCUAGAUGAAAUGCUGGAUAAUGGUAUUGAUCCAGAUGCUGUCACUUAUAACACAUUAAUGUCUGGUUUCUCGAAGGAAGGUAGAAUGGAGAAGACUUUUAAGAUACCUGAUUGUAUGACUUGAAAAGGUGUGGUGUUGGAUGAGGUUUCUUAAACUACUUAACUAUUACUGGAUGCCAAAAGGAAGCUGCUUCCAUAUCCAAAGGAAGCAUUAUCAAGCAGGGAAUUGGGCCUUAGCAUGUCAAGCUCGCUUCAUGGGCAACCGAACCUGAACAACUACUUUCAAAAGAAAUUAUAUGCAUCUAAGGCAUGUGUUAACAUGCGGUGGAGAGUUUCCCUGGGACUGCAAUCCUAAGGCAAACUUGUGCUUAUAUUCACCAGCCAUGAGCACUGAGCACUAAUUCCAUUUUGGAGAUGGCACUCUUGAAGGUUGAGAUGGUUGGCAUUCAUGAAGGUAGAGAUGGUUGACAUUCAUAUCUGGCUGAUGAUCAUAGGCUGACGGGUUCUAAUCUUGCCAACUGUGCUUUUUGUAGUUUGUGGUUUUAUGUCACUACAUUAGACGGCAGCUUAUUGGAGAAACAUGCAAAGGUACUCAUUGCACAUACUAAAAAACAUAGCACAUAUUAGGAUAUCGUUCAAGCUUAGGAUUUCAAUUUUGAACUCAAAGGAACCAUCAGCCAAGCAUCAUCAUCAAUGUCAAAAUGAGUGGUGUGAUCACUCAGCAAGCAUUAAGAAAUGAUUAAGGGACAAGAUCAGAGAUGGUGUAUCUAAAGAAAAAAUGAUGCAGCUUAGCUUCUAUGCAGUUUGAUGUUCUUCUAUACCCACGUCUGUCUCCAAACCGAUUAAUAGCACCAAAGGUUUGCAUUCUUAUUUUGGCUCUCCAGGCUCAUUUUCUGGUCCUGAUGCCAGCAGAAUCUGGGAUCUUGGCCUCUAGCUGAACAUUUCCCCAAUGGCUAAAUUUGUGCCCACAGUAGAACAUAGUUUUUCUUGCCUUAAGCUAACAGAAAUAAUGUGGAUAGCUGACAAAAAAGCCUCGUUCAUUCGAAAGACUGUUUAAGUACCAGGUAGAGAUCCAGGUAAUCAAGUUGUAGAUCCUGGAGUGUGGUCUUCAGUGCAGUUCGGACUCUAUCAGGAGACAAAUCUGAGCACCUGCAUAGAACAGUCUGAGCUUCCUGUUUAAUUUUCUUUCUGAUGCUGUGAUAAUAAAGGUUGCCGAUAGAAAGCCACAAAAAAAUCCCUAUUAAAUCAAAAAAGAAAAUCCUAUAAAGAGAGCUUCAUAUCCAUGAAAAAGUAAAUUGUUGGCCAUGCUGUUCAGUCUGUUGCCACUUGGAUUAGCAGCCAUUUAUUUAAAACCAACGUAGAUAUCUAAACAUUAGGAAAAAAACAAACAGAGAAUCGCCUAAAAGUGAGUGAUUGGAUGAUUCCAUACCAUAUCUUGGAUGUGAUGAAUAGGUCUUUUCUAUCAAUCCCUGCUUGCAUAGCAGCUGCGAGGCCAUGUCCCACCUGAAAUUCCAGGUAGAUAGAUCUUGAGAAGAGCCCUGUUGUGGAUCCAAUCCUGGCAUGAAACAAAUUGAAAAGAAAAAAAAGUAAACCGGACUGUUACCUCUUCCUGAACUCCAUAUUCUGCCGCUGUAUCGACAUGUCUAUAUCCUGCCUGCAGUCGUCAACGGACACACGGCAUGAAUAUUUGCUGAUAUAUACAUAUGGGAGGUAAAACCAUUACCUUUUGCAAUGAGUUAAGGCCAUAAGCUUGAUUUAUUCCUGUUCAUGCUUUGCUUUUCUUUGUGCCUAUUGAGACAGUUUUUUUCAGUUCAUGUCCGGUCCAUUAACAGCUCAAAAGUGGGAAUAUUCGAAUGCAUGAUUGUUUAUUUUUCAUCUUGUUAUUCACGAACAAGUAGGGGUUCAAAAAAAACAUGUGAUAACACUUCAUCCUCCUGAACUAGUGGAACUUUUUCCCUUUUAAAAAAGAAACAAGAAAAGAAAAGAUCUCAAGGGGCUAUAUGGAUGCCCAACUAUCGCUUUUUUGAUGCAAAUAGAGGAAGGAACCCUUCCCCCAGCUUUCGUAAUGAAGGGGCCGACUAUCUCUUCCAUGCACCAACUGAUGUAUCCAAAACGAGGGCCGAGAAGAUUAGUUUGCAAAUGGGCCUAAAUUCCAAUUUGAUUCUGAAUCAUAGGGAGUGCAUGUUAAAAGAGCAAUAAACGAAUGCUUAUGUGAUACAGUAAGUAACCUCUAUAAAAUACUCUUAGCUUGGCUUUGGUCUUUUUUUUGUCUGAUACACCAAAAAUUCCACGGGGUGUGGAAGCGAGACAGAUGGGGAGAGAUGGAGAACCUCGGUGAUGGCCGUGAAGACAGCAUCAGAGGCCUUGGAACCAGACCUCCAGGUGCCGAGCCCCACCGAGGGAAUGGUGUGCCCGCUUAUCAGAUGGAAGCACCGGGGAUCCGCUUGGCCUUGCGCAGAUGGACAGCGCCGUAUGUAUGUACGCAGCUGAGAGUGGAGGGCUUUGGGAGAGUGACACCUAUGCUCAUGACAUGACACGUAGCUUUGAGCUCUCUUGACACAUUGCUAACUUUUUGGUGCAUCUUGCCACGACAGCAGCAAUCUAGAUGGACAUCACCUGACAUAGGGUUGUGAGAUAAAGGCUUAUUGCUCCUCACUACCGACUCAGCCGGUCAAGGGUGCAUCUCCAUCUGUGUUCAAGCCCAGGGAACGUAACAUUGGUCCGGUCGCAUGAUAAAGGCCUCAUCACUUGUAGGAUUCAGAAAAAAUUAGGACUGUGUACCUGGCACACUGAAGGCUUCGUCUGUGCAAUUUGGAGUAACUUGUCCAGCUUCUUGAGUGUGAAGUUGCAGACACCAAUAUCCCUAACAAGUCCAUCUUUCACCAGCUGUUCCAUUUCUCUCCACACUCCUUCCAUGUCGAAGUCUAGUACUUCUCCUGCUUCUGGUGGCUUAUGUGCUCCUCCUUUCAAGCGAAAGGGCCAGUGGAUCUGCUACAAUAAAGUACUGUUAGUUCUUGUGAGCCAUAUUUUAGAAUGAAAUACAGAGUUCACGUGCCAAACUUGCUUCUAAACCACAGUAAGAGGUACAGAGCAACACUUCCUGACCAUUAAAAGCCAUUCUUAUGGGUUAUUAUUUUUCUAUUCAUUCUUUUUUUUCUUUUUUUGAGUGAAUAUCUGCUCCUUAUUCUUGUCAUUAUCGAUCUCUAACAUAGUUUGUAACACUUAAAUCCAUGUUAUCUUACGUUUUAUGAUCACCAAGCUGUUACCUUGAGCAAGGUGUCUUCAAAUGUACUUGGCAAAAAUUCUAGAUUAUUUGUAGUUUAGCUGCUGGUAGGAAUUAAUGCAAAUGCAGCAGAUAGCCA